AUGGAGAGCAGUCCCAGCUCUUCGAAACGUCAGCCAGAAAAGUUCCCCGAUCCGGUGAGCAAUUUAUUUUCCUCAGAUUACCGACCCGGAUCUCUUACUUUUGUUAAUAUAUCAAAGUUGUCUGGUGGUCGCAUAGUACUUUGUCAGAGCUGUUAUAAGAUUUACUUAACCACCACUCACUGUCUAUCGCGAAGUUCUUAAUUAUGCACUUUAGGAGUCGUCAGAUUUAUCGAUUGCAAGCACCCUCCCGACCAACCCCAUACUUAGCAGCACGCGGGUGGGUGAUCAUCUGGUUGUUGAUCGGGCCAAAGCUCGUCGACGCCGACUUCGGAUUGACUCCGACGAGGAGGAGGAGAAGGAGGAUGUGCUCAAUAACGAUGACGAUAUCAGAUCGGCAGCAUUACCCUUCUUCAACUUUGAUGGACCGCCGCCAACACCCGGCCUCCUUGCUCCACCGCGCUAUGCCUCAUCACAGUUAAACAGCAGCGCUCUUGAGCGCCAUAUCGAUUCUGAAGGCGAUAGCGCAGACAACAGUGAUGCCGCUGAUGGCGGUGAUUCGGGGAGUAGCGUCUCAGCAGAUGAUGGUCCUGGUUACUCCAGUGAGGAAGAACCUGACGAACGUGAACAGCAUGCAAAGCGCGCUGGGCGGCAAGUUGAUGCACAGUCCACUCAUUUGGAUGCUGACCUUGAUGCAAUUAGUAAGAGUUGGCAGGCAUUCUGUAUGUGUAUUCCUCAGUGCAGUGCCAUAGGUCUACAUACCGUCCCUUUUCAUAUUGACCCAACUGUGAAAAGCUCGGCGUCUGUGGGAUUCGAACUCACUCAGCAAGGGGAAGGCUUUAGUACAGCCAACGCUCUAACCACUUGAGCUACGAGGCCCCGUCGGACGACGCGAGUUUAAUCACAUUUGGGUUGAGUUACUCGCCGAGUUUUUCACAGUUGGGCCAAUAUGAAUUAUUCUUAAUCUGCCAAAGCAUCUAUGAGCCGUUCCUUUUCGCUGCUUUGUGGUACGAAUCCGUAUCGAUUCCAAUCGCUAAUCUUAUGCAUUGAUCAUCUGCCUUUGCCGAGGCAUUUACAUCUCGAAUUAUUUUGGUACUAAAACUGGUUGCAAUUGCCUUCGUUGGAGUUUAAAGGCCCAUCUAAUUGGGCAAUAUCCUCUUCAACUGGACGAUAAAUUCAAGGGCGUCUAGGUCUUAUUAGAAGAAGAAAAUUGGCUCUCCGGAACAGGUUUAUUUAACUGCUGACGUUUCAAAGAGCUGGGUCGGCUCUUCAUUGUCAAAACGUAAACUGCACCUAAUCGAUCAGAAAGUUAAUUUAAAGUUGCAAGCUGUGUUGGCCGGCCUCAUGCUGAUCGAUUUUUUUCUCUCCUCACGCUGCGUCGGCCUCUCAGGAAAUGGAUGACGGGCGUUUUUGCCUGUGCGCUUUAUGAGUCACCACUCCGUCAAGGGGAGCUGAUUGGACUUUAGUCGGGCGGUCGGUCUGGCGGUUCUUGUUCUUCCUCACCGAGUAAGCUCAGCGUCGGGCUAUCUCCGUGCUGUCUUCAUAAGUCCGGUGUGGUUGUUUGGUACUGAGCUCUACGGUUGUGAUGACGUAGGACUUUGUAAGCUGCAGGAAGGUCCAGAUGCCUGUUGAUAGAGUGGGCAUCGGAGAACCACGCCUCGAGAGUUAGCCGUUCUGUUUUUGUGUGGCCUCGGCCUAAGAUGGUAGCCCUCUGGAGGUCAAAAGUAUGCCCCGUUUCUCCAACGUGUGUUGCUAGUUGAGAGUUAGGGUCUAACCUCCGAGUGGCCGAUUUAUGUUCUUGUUGGCGAGUUUGCAAUUUCCGCCCAGUUUCGCCCACAUAGUUGCAGUCGCCCUCAUUGCAAUUUAUUUUGUAGAUGACUGCUGAGGUUUCAGCGGGUGGCAAUGGGUCUUAAGGUUGCAUCAGGCGACGUCGAAUUGUUGCUUGUGGUCGAUGGGCUAUGCCUAAUCUGGUGGGUUGUAACAGUCGCGAGACCGCUUCAGAGACCCCUUUAACGUAAGGAAUGGCCCUCCAGACUUCGGGUUGUUGCUCAUUUGGCCGUUGUCUGGGCGCCCAACGUCUGCUUCUCUCGAUGAAAUGCCUGGGAUAACCGUUGGCUGCAAAUAGGUCAACAAGGUACAAUCGUUCGGCCCUUUUAUCUUCUGGUGCGCUGCAAUGUGUUUCGACUCUUUGGAAUAGAGUGCGGACACAACUACGUUUGUGAGACAGUGGAUGGUUUCUGUUGAAGUGUAGGAUCUGUUUCGUGUCGGUGGAUUUUCGGAAUACUGUAGUUUGCAGCUGUCCAGUGGUACACCGGCGCACAAGUACGUCAAGGAAGGGCAGUUGGUUGAUUGUUUCCGCUUCCAUCGGAGAUUGUUUAUCCGGGUCAACCGAGUUCAGUAGUCCCUUUAGGUGUUCAAUGUCAGUUGUUUUGACAACGACGAAGGUGUCAUCGACAUAGCGGGCCCAGAACUUUUAUUGAUAUUUGGAAAACACCAAGUGUUCUACCCGUUGAAGGACUACUUCAGCAAUUAGGCCUGAUAUAAGGGAGCCCAUAGGAGUGCCCUUUAUUUGUUCGUACAUUUGUCCGUCGAAAGUGAAAUAGGUCUUGAGACAGUAUCGCAGCUCCCCUCGACGGAGUGGUGACUCAUAAAGCGCACAGGCAAAAACGCCCGUCAACCAUUUCCUGAGAGGCCGACGCAGUGGGAGGAGAGAAAAAAUCGAUCAGCAUGAGGCCAGCCAACACAGCUUGACACUUUAAAUUAUAUUUCUAAUCGAUUAGGUGCAGUUUACGUUUUCACAAUGAAGAGCCGACCCAGCUCUUUGAAACGUCAGCAGUUAAAUAAACCUGUUCCGGAGAGCCAAUUUUCUUCUUCUAAUAACCUUCCCGGAUCUCUAAACUUUUCCAAUCUGAGCGUUUAGGUCUGCUUGCAACUUACUUCGUCGGGUCCUCAAUCCCUACUUGAUCGCACAUUCAUCGCCAGCCACUUCUUUGUUAUUAACGGAUCAAUAUCAGGAGCGCAUAAGCAUGUGGGCUCUAGAGAGGCCCGUAGUCGUUCGCUGUGAGCUACAGAUGAAUAAAACUGGAACAUUUGAGGUUAUGAUCAAGGUCUUCCUGCUCGAUGACAGCGAAAUCGGACUCGAUGUCUCUGAAAAUUAGUGCCUUUAAGUAAUCCUGUGGCUUUGGCACCACAGACCAGGUCUCAACAGUGGAAGUCCGUGGGACUCUCCUGCUAGUGCUGCACCAAACCGUCACCUCUGGUGGUUCGGUUACCCACUACAUCGACCCGAUAAGGAGCUGGUUCAUGACGUCACCUUUCCAAGUCUACCUGCCUGACCUGAAGAAGUGGAUGGCUCUGCUUAAGACAGAUAACAGUCUUUGGUGUUAAAGAAGGAGACACGAUCGCUGGGACAAGAGCCUUAUUAGCCUGACGUUUCGGAUUCCUGCUGGAAUCCAUCAUCAGAGACAAAAGCAGAUGCGGAUGGUUGUUGCACAAGAGGCUACAGUAUUUAUAGGAUGCAGUCGCCGUGCUACCGCAUACCUAUGAAAAUCCACGGCUCCCCCCUUCAUCCGGGAUCGUCGCACUUGGCGUGCUAAUUGUUUGAUGGCCGACAUUCGUGCGUUGGAUGUUGGUGUGAUGAUUGCGCGACCAUAUGACGCGCAGACCCUUGUGCUGGGAAAAGUGUUCACCUGUGCGCUCCCCGCGUGGCUAAUUACUCCGCCUAGGCGAAGUUGUAGCACAGAGUAUGGAAGGGGAAGUUUAUUGCACUUGUUAAUUGACUGGGGGCCAGUAAACCAUGAUUCAAGUAACUCCCGGCUCACGCGGUUGUCAUUUCUUGCGAGAAUUUCGGCCUCGUUAAAUUUGAACGUGUGGCCGGAACCCGAAUUUUAAUAUAUGGUCGAAUCUCGUCGAAUGAGCCACGACUUGAGAGCUGGCGUCAUUUCUCCACACCGCUGCAGCGUGUUCGGCCAUUCGCGUUCGGAACUGUCUUCCGGCUCCUCCGACGUAGUUGCUUUGUCCGCAACUGCAUCAGAUCCGACAAACAACUCCAGACGUUUCUGACCGUGGCAGUGGGUCUUUCGGUUUAAUUACCAGACGCCUGAUGGUUGCCUCCGGUCUGUGUGCAACUCCAACCCCAAGUGGUGCGAGAAGGCGGCCGACAGCUUCCGAAACGUUCUUGACAUACGGAAGCGCCCGCCAAAAUUUGGUGUCCAUGCGGUUAGGCCUUUUGUCCCUUUUGCGUAUGCACGGGUUGACACAGUUUCGCGGGUAGUCUUUGGUGUUGUGGACUGUUGGUGACCGCGCCUUGGCGUGUCACCACAGUACCACUGUUGGCCUUUAUUAUGGGUGCGCAUUCACAAUAACGUCUUCCAUUCCCCUAUCUAGCCCCCGUGCUGGUUCUGGCCCAUUUACCGAGUAGCCUGUUUUAGAGGCAAGACACGCGCACACACAUCUAGGACAUUCAUGCAUGCCUUACUUCAUCUGUCUUUGUUUGAGGCAAUCAUUGCCUAGGGUCCUGCUUCUCCCCUUCUUACCCCUCGCCUACCUUUGGGUUCCGCCCCCCCAGCUGCCCCCACGGAUACCACGAGCACGAAUGCGGGCGAUGAUGUGGACGUCGAGGCGCUCAACCGGCUUCAGCGUCUGGCUAAGGGAGCUGCCCGCAAGGUGGCAAAGCAUCCAAGAGCAAAGCUUGACAGCGUAAGGUGAGCUAACCUUGACAGACUUCGGGGUUCGAGUUUGAAUGCCUGCCGGGAUUAUAUUGUUUCUAUUUCAUUUUUCCUCGUCUUCAGGCUCCUCGGUGACCAAGGGCUGCCGGCCCUCAUAAAACUGCUGCAAAAGGUCAAGUUCAAGGGCCGAGGUCAUGAGGUGAGACAAUUCUGCAUUGUCUUCUCUGGUUUGACAAAAAAUUACAGGAAAAACGAAUCCGGACGACGCAGGUCGCACAUUUCGGCGCGUUGUUUUACAUUAAGGAAUACGGAAGCCUCUCGUGGGACUGGAGAAGCCAGUGGAAACCCGUAGAGGCGUUUAUUUCAACCUUCGAGUGGACGGUGACUUUUUAGGACUUCAGACUGGUGGAGCAUGCUCCCCCGGACUGCAAGACCAGUGCGCUCACAUGCCCCGCUGAUUGCUUGAUUCGGCAGAGUUGCAAAAUGGGGGCGGCACAGUUGCCAACCAGACGUGACUCACGUGGGACGCGGACUUUUAUCUGCGACAGACACCGCGUAUGACCAUGCCUCUAGUCAACUUUGCGCAAAAUGUCUUCGUGCACACGACGCACCUGCCUCUUCACUACUUCCUUUUUUUCGUAUCAGUCUGUUAGGACAAAGAAAGACGUGUGUCAGCUGCUCGGGGAACAUCCGCCGAAAUUUUUGUAUAAUACCGCUAGACUAACUCUGACGGGACGGGGAUAAGCAUUCCGUCCUUGCCAUGAAGCUAAGUGUCUGCAACCCAUGCAGGCGGCUGCAUGCUGACCCGUAUGUAGGCCCUGGUUGAUGUAUUAUUGGAAGAGGAUAACAGAUUUAGCAAAAUGGCCGUCUCAGUGUUUUUCUGUCUUUCCCGGUAACAGGACAGGAGCCGAAGUCAUAUGGACCCACCAGAAGGCCUGGCUCAGAAAUUUGCCAGAUAAGAAAUAAUGCGGCCUCCCCUCUCUGCCUGAAGGCCAAGUCGAAGUAACUUCUUUAUGUGGCCCCAUUGUUCGCUUAAAACGGGCCACGUAGUUAGUGCUCUGGAUCAACACGGGGGCUAGAUCGGGAUUCGGUAGCCGUUAUUGAUAUUGAACCCAUAACGGACGCGACAAUUGAAGGCUCGGUGGUACGCCAAGACGCAGACACACGCCGCGCCAGUCGGGAUCCGACCUAUCACCAUAUCUACCUUAUUGUGUAAGGCCAUGAUCAGUGUACCUUAUGGACCAGGGGAUCUGCUGGUACGCCAAGACGCAGGUUUUUGUCCUGCCAACCACCUACGCUUUCGCCGGCCUCCGGUCUGUGAAUAUGUUAUGACAACAGACCCAGAUGGUUUGGAUGGAGUGCGGUAGAUUCUGCGCAAGUCCACUCUCAGUUUAAAUCAUCUCGCGCGCGCAAGUCGUCGUCCCUGCUUUCAUCCUACUGUGCAGCACACGGUGUACACCCGGGAAAGGACUGUCAUAUAGUCCCCAUACAAACCCGUGUCUAUAUGUCAUCCCUGCUAAUGAGGUCUUGUUUAUAUAGCGACUGAUUAAAACACGUGUGGCACCCGCGGGCGCGACUAACCGCCGCGUCCGCAUCCAGUCGUCCUGAUACGGUAGGAGUGGGAAGAGGACAGAUGAGGUAGAUGCUUCAAGAGUCUUUUUCACUUCAUUUACGCGCAAAUUGUUACUGUUCGGGGGGCUGCAGUGAUUGUUGUUGCCUGCGAUGGACGAACCAUCGAUCACAUUAUUAAGUUGGCGUGAGCCAGCCAGAUGCCGAUUCACUUCAGUAGAUGUCAGUUGACAUUGAUUUUGAAGAGAGGGUAGGCCAGUAUAGUUUAGGUAGGGUCUUUCAGUAGUACAGUCGUUGGGUUGAUGCAUAUUGCGUUGUGACCUGUGUGCCAAUGCGUCGAGUCCGUCCUUGAGCACGUCGGUCUCAGGAAGGCACGCGGGUUGCGCUUGAACUCUUCCCUGCCACCUUGUACUUCUAAAUUUGGCCUCCUAAUAAAUGUGCUCACGCGUCCCUCUGACUUAAAUAAAUGCGUACUAUAUGUCAACUCUCUCACAGGCGAUUUUCCCUGUGCAUAGAUAUCACUUCGUUUAGCGCGGUUCUUAUGGCCGCGGCAACGAUCAAAAUGACAUGUCUUUCUUUUGUUCCAGUUUGAGGAUUUGAACCGUCUGUUCUUCCUGUACGAGUCGUGGGCCAAUCGGAUGUUGCCCAACUUCUCCUUCAAGGAGAUUAUUGAGCGAUUGGAGGUGGUGGGCACCAAGAGAGAAGUGCACAAUACUCUGCAGCGUAUGCGUGCAGGCGUCUGGCCGGUGAGCGCCGUCAGUGCAGAGUUUGUCGACGAGCCCGACGAUGGUGAUUCCAGUGGAUAUGAGGCUGAUCAGGACGUGAUGCGGGCUGCGAUGGAAGACGUUUUGGCAGAGAAUGCACAGGUUAGUAUUUACGCCUGCAGUACGUGCAAUAUGGGAGCUACAGUAGCUGUGCUAACUCGAUCGAAAUUCUGAAAUGCGUUAUCUACUCAAAAAAGAUUACCUAAAUAGAGCUGUAGGAUUAUUAACCGUGCAGCAUAGCCCCAGGAUAAUAUAGUUACUUCAGGAUGCUGGCUUUCGAACGGACUUAUUUUAGGCGGUUCGCAAAAGUUGCACUCGGUAAAAAAUAAUUACUUGAGUAUAAUCCAGGUCUAAAAACGUUUCCAAUUCGCGAAUAAUUUUGAAACCAACAGACCGUUACACUUGCAUCCAGGGUCCCCAAUUACAGGCUGUAUAUUUUCCGCGUACGGAAAAUCAUACAUUUCUCUACGGUAUUUAGAAGAUACCGUAUAGCGAUUCAUAAAAUGUAUAACUGGAUUAUACCCUUUUGUGAAGCUUAAAGUUUGAAGACGUAAUUUUCUACCAAAUGAGUAAAAGAAUGAACAUUUUCAUGCACGUUUUCCAUGAAAUAAAUUUGAAUUCAUAAGGUCAUCGAAAAUCAGUGAGAAAAUUUCACGCUACUUAAGUAGUUAUUUGCAAGCGGCCGAAAAUAAGUUCGUUCGAAAGCCAACAUCUUCAAGUAACCGAAUUAUCAUGGGAUUAUGCUGCACGAUAAUUAAUCUUACAACCCUACUUAAGUAAUUUUUUUUGAGUCGAAAACGCAUUUCAGAAUUUCGGUUAACAUUUCCUGAAUUAGCACAUCUACUGUACUUGAAAACAUUGACUUCAAUUGAAAAGUCAAAUUGGCGAACACGUGUUUUCGGUAACUCUUCAUCAGGCCAAAACGGUUACAAAAAAGUUUAAGUUAUGCGAAUUACAUGACUUAUAAAUGAUUCGGGGACAAUUAACACCCAUCGUUUCCACGUCACUCGCAUGACGAGGCGUGCUAUGGCGUAGUCGGCGUGUCGUGGUCAUUGGGUUAAGGGGGCGAGGGAGAGGGGGGCCAUAAGCUGUGAGUACGUCGGGUACCUUGUGCACACACCCUGGCGUCAGGAGGUUGGGGCGACGUUGGUGUCGGCGUCGGCCACGGAAGACAGAGCGCCUGUGUCAGAGUCUUCUGACAGCAUAGCACUGGAUUGGCCAGCCGUAUAGCCACUUCCUCGGCUGUAGCUAGCACCCGUUGGCGUAGGCCUCUGGAGAAGCUUGCUGGUGUCCGGUAGACAAUCUGAAAAGCUUCUAUGGCAUCGACUCUGUAAGUCAUGUAAUUCGCAUAACUUAAACUUCUUUGUAACCGUUUUGGCCUGAUGAAGAGUGACUGAAAACACGUGUUCGCCAAUUUGACUUUUCAAUUGUAGCAUGGGAAUAUUCGCUGAACAUUGACUUCAAUUCAUGAUUGCAUCACAGUUUAAGUCGCAUGCGUGUUUACUGAAAUGGAACAAGUAACAAGCAUUGACGGUUGUCUGGGCGUCUUUCUGCCUAUUAUAACUACCACUGCACAUGCGCUUGCCCAAGGUCCCUGUAAAGGACUCUUCAGUGAAUAGCGCUACCAAAAUAAGACAUGCACCAUCGUUCACUUGCCCUGUUUCCAAGCUUAUCGUUGCUGGUUGAGGUAUGAAGAUCUCGCUAAUGGAUGAGGAAAUAUCUGAAGGUCGGCUGAAAUUUCGGCCCGUUUGUGCCUGCGGGGCGUGUCAUGUUGGCUUACAGUACGUGACCUACCUCAUGAAAUCCGAUAACGGAAACUGAUGUUAGGAUUUCCGGACGUCAUAAACGUUGCGCAUUUUGUUUGCUCCUUCAGCCCCUUCAAGAAGAUGUCCUUUUCUGGUGCGAAAAUUGCGUUUAUGUAAUUUUAUCGAGCAAAAUGUUCAUAAAUUUGAGCGAAAAUUGACGUUGCGGUACAUUUGGGUAAUUGCCCAUCCUAAUAAUUGUGCUAGACCUCGGUGGAAGAUGUUAGUGUUUUUUUUUCAUUGAAAGGAGAGUUGUUUACUCUCGAGAGUUUUACUAAACAGAGCUUGCUGGACAUGAAAAUUGAUUUUCUGUCCCAUGCUAACCGUGGGGAUCAACUUGCUAACAUAAGGGCUAUUUUAAGAAAACCAGAUGUUUAAUUGAUUCUUAAGUCAUAUUAGCGUAUCUGUGCAAUUUGGUGUCCUGACACAGACAGGUAUUCUUGCUUUUAAAUGAGCUGAAAUUGUUUCGCCGUUUGGAAAAUCCUACUUGUCACAGAUUACCACCACCGGAUAGUCAUUUCCAGUUUUGAACAUAGAAAGCAUUACUUGUCGUGCAGUCUGGCAUCUGCAUAUACCAGAAAACACGGGUAAGGCUAGGGGACCCACUUAUUUGCCGAACCCCUCUCAGCUGCGUCAGGCAGCGCACAAGAUCGGAGAAACACGCGCGUCUGGGCUUUUAGUUUUUACCUGUGUCGUCAGUACGGUAAAUAAUUGCACAAAUCUGCACAUACCUAAUUCAGAAAUGGAACGAGCAAAACAUUAAUAGUUCCGGAAAAAUAUCAGUAUUUAUAUGAGCACUCUGUCGUACAGUCAUAAUCGUAGAACGGAGUCUAACAGCGAGAAAAACAGUGCAAAUAGCAGCAAUGUAAAAGGGAAACGCACGUUCGUGCGUUUAUGGUAGAAAAUAUUAGUAUUAUUUAGGAACAUGAGACGGUCAAAAGUGUCAAAUUUUUUCUUCGCCUCACCGUGCGAAAAUGCAAAGUACACAGAGAUCCGCCAACCGAGUGCAGUAUUAAAGCAUUCCUUAAAGAGAAAGUAUUCUAAUUGAUCGAAGGCAUAUUCGUUGCUCACUUUUCGUUGUGGACGGUCAUUUUUUGACAAUGAAGUUUCAUGUGUGAGUCUUCAAAUAUGACCCAAACGACCUACAUGAAAAAGAACCUCUUCUUCGGCAAAUGCCUUCUUUUAAAGUUUUUAAAGUUUUAAGUUUUUUUUCAAAGUUCUUAACAGAUACAUAAUACACAAUCUGUCUUUAUGGGCGAUCAAAGGAAAACACUGAAAACCAUGAAGUAUGCAGCCAAAUUUUAAGGUCGAUCUAAAACUCAUCGUAAUCUUGAGAGAAAAAAAAUUGCAAAUUAAUUUAACAGAAGAAAAAUCCUGUUUGUGAACAUAAAAUAGUAUGUUUGCGAUUACGCCUGUCAAUUCUGUUUAAAUUUAUUAGUAACCGAUUAGCCUGACAGCAUGUGACCUUAUAAAACUUGUUCCUAAGGCAUCCCCAUCGCUGAAAUCAGGAAAAAUCCUGUUUCUCUUUGUUGAACCGCAUCUCAAUCACUUCGGAAUCGAGAGUGCCACGAAUCCUCGGGAAACUGCUCUGGAAUCUAUACUCAGACUGUAGGCUGUUAGCAAACCGCCAUACCUGAAAUUGCACUAAUUCUUAAAGGAUAUUUAGACGUAAGCUCCACUAAAACACUACUUUUAAGCGUUAUUUUAUUUGUGCUCUUACAUUUACUUGUUUUUUUGAACGAGAAGAUAUUCUGUGAGUUUAAAGGCGUAGUUUACUAAAUUACGAUCAUUUUGGACGUUUUCGGCUUUGUGCUUUUCUAAAAACAUCGGCAUUUUGAAGCAAUACAACACUGCCUCUAACAUAUUUUUUAUGCUUACAAUUUUUUUAAAGUUGUGCUUAAUGAACGCAGAUAUUUGAUCCAUGCAUUCGUGCCGGUUUGCGAGUGAUUGGCAAUCAUUCGUAAGUUCUGACAUCUUUCAUGAAUUGGGUUAUCCACUGUAGCUGCCGUAGGCAAAGCGAGCAACAAGAAAAUUAUUCUCAAAUUCUGCAGUAGACCUAAACUCCGCGCGUCCUGCACCACACUAAUUGCUUUCUACCCCCACACAGCCCAGCCUUCGUCCUCCUGUUAUGCCAGAGAGGACUACGGGUGAAGAGGUCAUAUUAACCACACCGGUGGAUAGAUCGCAUCCGUCAUCCAGGGAGAAUUCUCCACCGCCUCGUCCGUCGACUUCAACUGCCGUGCUCCCGGAUGAGGAGAGUAUUAAGGACAGGAUUGAACGUAAUCGACGUCGCGCAAUGGAACGCCUGGAGGCCAGACGCCGGUCUGCUCUACCGUCCUUUUCGCAGUCGCUGACCUCACCUGGUAGGAGUCCGCUGUCUCUACGACUGCCUACAAUGCUUUGCGUCCCAAUCUUCAUUUCCCCACUUCUAUCUGGUCUUUUAGGUCGACCAUCGAUUCUGAAGAACGCCCUGACAACAUCGGUGCCGGCGAAGAACCCCUGA